AUGCCCCGGCGAAAAUCCCUCUCCCCGGGAAGUUGCACCCUCCGCCUCACAAACCUAACAACUCUCCCCGCAUCCCAAAAAACCGCCCUCAUCUCCUCUAUCGCCAACGACAUAAAAGCCACCUUCAUAUACAUCGCCAAGCAAUCCGAAGCUGGUAAUCUAGAUCCUCACAAUACAGCGCCGCUAGACGACGUCGUCGCCACAAUCAGAGACACGGCUGUUUCGGAACGACGAAUAUUGGAGAAGAAACUUGAAAAGGCGGAACGGCGGGUUAAGAGGUUGAGGGGGGGGCAGAAGUGGAUGCAGAAGGAGUUUGGGGAGGUUGUGAAAAAGGUUGAGGUUGUUAGUGGGAAGUGGAAGGAGAAGGUUGCGAUGUUGCGAGGGAGGGUAGAGGCGGCGUCGGGGAGGAAGGGGUAUCUGAUGGAGCGGAAGGAGGAAAUUAUGGAGCAGAAAUAG